AUGAUUCCCCCCUCUUAUCCUCCCUUUAAUUCCUACAAUCCCGCGCUUGACGACACCGUUCUCAACGGGCUUGGACAACUUGGACACCGCGUCAGCAUGGUACUCAUCUGGCUUGUGCGUUCUCUGUUCCUCCACAUCUCCCUCGCCAAGGCGCAACUGACCCGACGACACAACAACGGACAGACGAUCAUGUUUAUCAUGUCUAUCACGUCCAUCGUGGAUCCCUAA